AGCCUAACCGCCGUGACGUCUGGAGAGGAAGCAGCCUCCAACGGCAACCGUGAAGCUCCCUCCGCUGCUCCUCGUCCACCACACAUCAUCGACACGUUCUGGUCAUUCAACCCCACGGGCGAAAGUCAUCCACCAUGUCUUCCUCAGCCGUCUCAGCUGGCAAGUUUGUCGGGACAGUGUCCCUGGGCCUGCUGACGGUAUGUCUCCCCUCGCCCUGGCGUCCGCCUGACCGACAGCUCUCCCCGCAUCGAUGAUGAUGACGAGGGGCGUCUCGUACUCCGUCUCGACCCUCGUCCUGCCGACGAUUAUGAACCUCCCCUCGGCGGCGUCCGCUUCGCAUGCCCUGACGACAUUCACAUCCUACGCCCGCCUGCCCGUGCUCGCCUUGUCAGCCCUCUCCAGCUUGCCUCUCCUGCUCUCCUUCGCCCUGAGCCCUCGCUCCUCGCGCCACCCCUACCUCCUCUACACAUCGCUCAUCGCCGCUCUCUCCGUCGGCGCACCCGCUCUCGUCCCCGUCCCCACCCGUUCCACGCCCGUCGCGAAGAAGCCCAAGAGCACCCCCCGCGCCAUGGAGCAGAGCUACGAGGUCCUCGGCGAUGCGGCCAGCGAAGCGCCCAGCGAGGAGGAGAUUGACGACUUUGCGAUCAACGGCGAGGAGGUCAGGGCCGAGGCCGCGGGCACGGCGCGAGGUUUCAUGGUACGAACAGGCGUUGCGGCGCUGGGCUUUGCCAUGGCCGUCGUGGGCAUUUGGGGUGACGGUGCGCCAUAGGCUGUGGUCCUCGUGUCGUAAGAGUGAAGUUUUUUUU